GACAGUUUUGUCAAGGAUCCCGUAGCUUUGGCAGCCGCCAGCGCCGAUAUAUUAGAGGCGCGUAAAGAGAAGCUUAUUUCCACCUUAAAAGAUUACGAAAAGGUGCAAAUGGACAUCCUAAGCAUUGAUGAAGGCGACGGUGAACAGGUGGGAGAUAUUGAAGAGAAAUACUAUUCCAUAUUAGCAAAAAUAAAUAGCUCUCUUAAAAUGUUAAAUACAAAAGUGACUUCGGAGUGCCACAACGCAUCCACAUGUAAGUUACCCACAAUUGAAAUACCCUUUUAUGACGGAAAGGAUUUCACUAAAUUUAAACCCUUUUUCGACUUAUUUACUGCUGUCAUUGAUCGGAAUACCUCGCUGUCUGAUGUGCAAAAGCUUUUUUAUUUGAGAAAGUACCUACAGGACGAUGCGUUGGCGGUUAUUCUGAAUUUGCCGUUGGUAAAUGAGUCAUAUAAAGAAGCAAUACAAUUAUUAAAAAAGAGAUUUGACAAUAAGGCUAGAUUAGUUGCAAAUCAUAUAGGUAUAUUGUUAGAUAUUUCUAAUAUACAAAAGGGCACAGCGGCUUCCAUACGAACAUUUGUUUCACAAAUAAAUCAACAGAUGCAUGCAUUAAAAAAUCUAGAUGAACCCGUUGAUAAAUGGGACAUGCUUUUGAUAUCAAUUUUGACUCGAAAGUUAGAUCAAUUCACAAACCGGGCAUACCAAUUAGACCGGGACUCAGACACCAUGCCUACGAUGGCUGGUUUCAUUGAAUAUUUAGAAAAGCGUGCUAUAGCGCUCGAAGAUAGUCAUCAAAAUAAACAUAGUACCUACUAUGAUGGUGCUAACAAACAUGUUAAUAAUAAAAGUACUUGCUAUGAAGGUACUCACAAAUCAAUACCUAAGGUUACAAAUGUGGUAUCGAAGUCGUUGCCGCCCUGUAGGUAUUGUGAUAAUAAAGACCAUCAGAUAUAUAACUGUCCUAUAUUUAAAAUUUUGCCUAUCGCUCAGAGGCAAUCUUAUGUAAAUGAAAAGCACAUGUGUAAUGUAUGCCUUAAUAACCAUGAUGGUAAAUGUAAAUUUACUUUUAAAUGUAAAAUGUGUAAACAGGGCCACAACACAUUGCUGCAUCAGGAGCGCAAUGUGAAUGUGGACAAGCCCAGGACAAAUAAUGAUGACAGUCAGCAGCCACUAUCAUCCGAUGCUGGGCUGCAUUAAAACUGAAAAUGGACCGGUAUUUCAGAAUACCAUGUUAGGAUAUGUUGUCGGAGGAAGUAUCCCCGAGCAAGGUACUACAUGUAAUAUUGUAACAAAUUUAAUUAAUAUAUCUGAUGGUGAAAAAUUGGAAAAUGUAAUGGAGCAAUUUUGGCUCUCUGAAAAGCUUCCUGAAGUGGAAAAAUCUACAAAUGAUGAGUUUAUUCAAGCUGAAAAAAUAUUUCAGGACUCUGUAUCACUAAAAGACAAUAUAUUUUAUGUUGAUAUGCCAUUAGCUUUCCCCAUGGAAGAGUUAGGCCUAGGUGACUCAUUUUCUGUUGCCUAUAAUAGAUUCAUAAUGUUAGAAAAAAGGUUACAAAAAGAUCCUUUGUUAUUUGAACAAUAUAAAAAAUUUAUUGACCUAUAUCUGGAAUUAGGACAUGCAAAGAUAGUUGAUAUUGAGGGUUAUGAUUUAAAUGGUCCUGUGUUUUUUCUAGGACACCACUGCGUGUUCAAUCCUUCCAGUCGAACCUCACCUCAUCGUGUGGUCUUUGAUGGAUCAAUGAGAUCUAGAAAUGGGACAUCGCUGAAUCAAGUCAUGCUGAACGGACCUGUUGUACAGAGUGAGCUCUUUGAUAUCCUUAUUUUAUUCAGGACUUAUCCCUUUAUUUUAACUUGUGACAUUAAAAAAAUGUU